CCCCAGCCCAACGUGAGUGAGCUGGUGGUGGGGCCACUGCCCCGGCCCUCCUACCUGCGGGACGUGACGGUGGAGCGUCACGGGGGCCCCCUGCCCUACCACCGCCGCCCCGUGCUGAGGCGAGAGUACCUGGACAUAGACCAGCUGAUCUUCGGCAGAGAGCUGCCCCAGGCUGCCGGGCUCCUGCACCACUGCUGCUUCUAUAAGCGCUCAGGACAGAACCUGGUGACGGUGACCACGGCCCCCCGGGGCUUGCAGUCAGGGGACCGGGCCGCCUGGUUUGGCCUCUACUACAACAUCUCAGGGGCUGGGUUCUUCCUGCACCCCGUGGGGUUGGAGCUGCUGGUAGACCACAAGGCUCUGGACCCUGCCCGCUGGGCCAUCCAGAAGGUGUUCUUUCAAGGCCGCUACUAUGAGAGUUUGGCCCAGCUGGAGGACCAGUUUGAGGCCGGCCUGGUGAACGUGGUGCUGAUCCCAGACAAUGGCACAGGUGGGUCCUGGUCCCUCAAGUCCCAGGGGCCUCCCGGUCCGGCUCCUCCUCUGCAAGUCCAUCCCCAGGGCCCCCGCUUCAGUGUGCAGGGGAGCCGGGUGACCUCCUCGUUGUGGACUUUCUCCUUUGGCCUUGGAGCUUUCAGCGGCCCCAGGAUCUUUGACAUCCGCUUCCGGGGAGAACGACUAGCUUAUGAGAUCAGCCUCCAGGAGGCCUUGGCCAUCUAUGGUGGAAAUUCCCCUGCAGCAAUGCUGACCCGCUAUAUCGAUGGCAGCUUUGGCCUGGGCAAGUACUCCACUCCCCUGACCCGGGGGGUGGACUGCCCCUACCUGGCCACCUACGUGGACUGGCACUUCCUGCUGGAAUCCCACACCCCCAAGACAACACGUGAUGCCAUUUGUGUGUUUGAACAGAACCAGGGCCUCCCCCUGAGGCGACACCACUCAAAUUUCUACUCCCAUUAUUUUGGGGGCCUUGCAGAGACAGUGCUGGUGGUCCGAUCUGUGUCGACCUUGCUCAAUUAUGACUACCUGUGGGAUAUGGUCUUCCAUUCCAGUGGGGCCAUAGAAGUCCGACUCCACAUCACCGGCUACAUCAGCUCAGCGUUCCUCUUUGGUGCCGCCCGAAGGUACGGGAACCAGGUUGGGGAGCAAACGCUGGGCACCGUCCAUACCCACAGCGCCCACUUCAAGGUGGAUCUGGAUGUAGGAGGACUGGAGAACUGGGUCUGGGCUGAGGACAUGACCUAUGUCCCCACGCCGGUGCCCUGGAGCCCCAAGCACCAGAUGCAGAGGCUGCAGGUGACCCGGAAGCUGCUGGAGACCGAGGAGCAGGCCACCUUCCCCCUGGGAGCGCCCCCCCCCCGCUACGUGUACCUGGCCAGCAAUCACAGCAACAAGUGGGGUCACCCGCGGGGCUACCGCAUCCAGCUGCUCAGCUUUGCUGGGGAGCCACUGCCGCAGAACAGCUCCUUGGAGAGAGCCUUCAGCUGGGGGAGGUACCAUCUGGCGGUGACCCAGCGGAAGGAGGCGGAGCAAAGCAGCACCAGCAUCUACAAUCAGAACGACCCUUGGGCCCCCACCGUGGACUUCGCUGACUUCAUCAACAACGAGACCGUUGCUGGAGAGGACUUGGUGGCCUGGGUGACAGCUGGUUUCCUGCACAUCCCACACGCAGAAGACGUUCCCAACACGGUGACGGUGGGGAAUGGUGUGGGCUUCUUCCUCCGACCCUACAACUUCUUUGACCAGGACCCCUCCUUCGAGUCUGCGGAUUCUGUCUAUUUCCGGGAGGAACAGGAUGCCAGGGCCUGCGAGGUCAACCCCCUGGCUUGCCUUCCCCAGGCUGCUGCCUGUGCCCCAGACCUCCCUGCCUUCUCCCAUGGGGGCUUCUCUCACAACUAGGGGGUCCCCGGGACGGGGAAUGUGACCAGGGACCCCAGGGCCAGGGUCCGUGGGGAGAGGAGCGGUAGGUGCUGGGCCAGGCGGCCUGGUGCCCUCUUCUUCUCCUUCUUUCCACCCCAAAGCUCCCCGCGUCCCCUUCUCCCCAGGCCCCCUCUCUAUCGCCCUCCCUGACACCCCCUCCCUGCUGGGAGCAUCCUGAGCCUGUGAUGCCUGGCACCCGGGUAGGGGCAGAGACAUGACUCAGCUUUGUUGACCCCAGACCUGCUGGGUUCCUGUCCCAGAGAGAAGAAUGGCCAGCUGAAGCCCGGACUGAUGGCCAAGCUUUUCCCAGAAGACCCCUGUUUUUUUGUGGUUUUGGUUUUUUGCUUUCCGGCUUUCCCCUGUUUUUUUUUAACCCAUCUCCUGAGCCUCCUCAGUCCCUUCCUUGGAAGGUGAGGAUGGUGUUGCUGCACUGGGGAUAGGCCCCUAGAAGCCCCAGGGCAGGGUUCCUGCCAGGCCUACGCCUCCACGGAUGAGCUAGAAGGGGGUCCUUAGCCCACAUUCCUCUUAUCCAAGUCCUCCUCUCCCUCUUCCUUCCUUUGCCUAUUGCCUCCUCUUCCUGUUCCCACCUGUUCUUACAGCCUCAGAUUUCCCUCCCAGCCCUGAGAGGAUGUGCCUCUGUCCCGAUGCUCCCCUCGUCUUCAUUUCUAACUUAGGUCUCCUCUCCCGGCUCUCUGCCCGUGGAAGUCUCAAAAUGCAAGGGACAUCUGGUUUGAGAGGACAAUCCCUGUCUGUCUCCCUGUGUCUGUCACAGACUGGAGUAGGCAUUGUCCCCACCCCUGUCCUGGGGCAGGCUGUAAUUCCCGGAAGUCCCCUCGGCCCCUUGGUAUUCGCCUGCUUUGCACUUUCUGGCAAAGGAUGGUCUCACGGCAGCCUCUCAAUUUAGCAUCUGAGGUGGAUCUGUGGGUACCGGGGUGAUGAGGGGCGGUCAUCUGGGCCAGGCGUGUGUGUGACCAGUGAGCUCACAGACUCCGCAGCAGCAGACACGGACGGCAGGUGGGCGCCAACGGUGGGAAGCUCUGAGACCUUGGAACUCCAGUGGCCACCACUUGUGGCCACGCAAAUGAGCUGGGGGGCUGGCUCCCACCAUGCUGUCCCUCAGGGGCUCUGGGUGAGGGGCGAGUGCGCCCAUAGUGAGAGAUUGGAAACUACAGAAACAUCCUUUCCUUGAGGAUUGGUUAAGUGAACUCCUACGCAGCCUUCCAAUGCGGGACUGUGCAGCUCUAACAAGAACGCUCUCUGUGUACUAAUAGGGAACGAUCUUCCAGUGAAAACGGCAAGGCACGGAAGUGUGUGUGGUGCACUUUGCCUUUGUGUGGUAGAAAGGAGGAAACUAUACAUAUUUACUAUAGAUGCAUAUCCAGAAGAAACCAGUGCUACUGGUUGCUUUUGGGGAGGGAUGGGGAAAGAGGAAGGAGGAUACUUAGCACUCCAUACCCUUUUGUAUAUUUUGAAAUUUGAGCCAUGUGACUGUAUUACCUAUUCAAAAUAAAUAAAAAAUGGGCCCAAACAGGACCU